GUGUCAGAGAGAAGCGGAACCGCUGGAGUUCGGAGCUCCGAGUCACAGCCGAACAAAACGGAAACAACAAACACGGUUUACUCGCGCUUUAGUGAAAAUCAGCCGAGUUUGUGUUUUUAAAGAGCCGAGGCGUGUGAAUGAAAGGCGCUUUUUAAAAGAAUCCCAGUUUAUAAUCUGCGGUUCCGAGAACAGAGGACUCCGGACAGCAACACACCGCUGCGGUUCGGCUUUAAACUCCGGCGCUCCGGUUUUCAUCUGAUCUUUAAAACACUUUCAGCAAUAAACUGCUGAAUCACUGACACAGAGAGAGAGAGAGAGAGACACACACACACAGAAAGAGAGAGAGAGACACACACAGACAGAGAGAGAGACAGACACACACAGACUCUCUCACACAUAUACACACACAGAGACAGACACUCACUCACACACACGCAGAGACACACUCACACGGGUCCGGCGUGUUUUAAUCCUCCUGCAGAAGUCUGCUGUCGUGUGAGUGUGUGUGUGAUGAUCCGGACACCCAGACGCGUGUCUCCGGCCCCAGCCCGGGCUCCUCUCUCUCUCCCCUCCUGCCCUCAGAAGAAGCUCCUGUCCGGAGUCAGAGCAGAUGUGCUGAGUUCGGGACUCGCGAGUCCGCCCAUGAGCUCGGUGCCGCUCGGCUACUUCACACAGCUCGGGAACACACCGGCGACCGAGCGGAGAGCCGCAGACUGUCUGUACGCCACCCCGCACGGAGCACGAGCUCAGCAUGGCCGCCACUCUUCAACCCGACUCCCGGCAAAGAGGCGGUUGGAUUUGGAGGAUCCGCUCUAUCUCCCAGAUUUCCGCACGCCCAAAGGAAAGGGGAACACGCCCUCGGCGAAACUCUCCAGCCCAAGAACACCGAAGUCUCCAGGCGAGCGAACGCGCUACGACACCUCCCUCGGCCUGCUCACCAAGAAGUUUGUGGGGCUGCUGAGCGAGUCAGCAGACGGCGUUCUGGACCUGAACUGGGCCACUGAAGUCCUGGAGGUUCAGAAGAGGAGGAUCUACGAUAUCACCAACGUGCUGGAGGGAGUUCAGCUUAUCCGCAAGAAAUCCAAAAACCACAUUCAGUGGCUGGUGACUGGUGUGUUCGAGGGCUCUGCGAGUGCUUCGGAGCGAACGAAUGCUCUGCAGAGAGAACUCGCCGAGUUGGACAGGAAGGAGAAUGUUCUGGAUGACCUCAUCCAGUCUAGCACCAAUCAGCUGCGAGAGCUCACUGAAAACAAAGACAACCAACAGCUUGGAUAUGUGACCUAUCAGGACAUUCGGUCCAUACCAAGCCUGCAGAAGCAGACAGUGAUUGCAGUCAAAGCUCCUUUUGAAACCAAGUUGGAGGUGCCAGAGGUAUCUGAGCAGGGGUCGAUGCAGAUCUACCUAAAGAGUAAAAACGGUGCUAUCGAGGUGUAUCUGUGUCCAGAGGAGGUGCUUGAGGAUGAAAGCCCAGUAAAGGGUGCCAUGAAGGACCACUCGUAUGGCAUCACGCAAACGAUUCACUCCAACACGCCAUCUCGUCCGGACACGCCUAAACAGCAGCAUGGCCUGGAAGCUACACCGUCUAAAUCCCAGGCUCUGAGUAACAGUAGCAGCUCCACCCUGAUGGAUGUCGAGGGCAUUCUGGGGCUUCCUCCCAGCCUGCUGCAGAUCACUGAAGAUCAGCUCCCGGGAACAGCCUUGACCUCUGACCCCUCAUUCGUCAGUUUCUCGCCUGCUCUCGACCACGAUGACUACCUCUGGGGGCUGGAGGACGGAGAGGGGGUUUCAGACUUUUUCGAUAACUACGAUCUGGGGGAUCUACUCCAGAGCUGAGGCCGUGUGUGAAAUGCGCAGUUUGUGCGACGUGAGAAAAUGCAACCAACCAACCAACCAAGGAAAGGAAAUGAAUGCCUCAUGAGCCAUUUGAGCCUUUUAUUAUUUUUUUUAAAUAGAAAUAGUGAUAUCAAGGUUAAAUUUGGAUCUAAAGCUUCAUAGUUCAUGUUAAGAUCUGCAUGCUCAUGCUAAUACUCGCACACUGAAUCACAGAGCGCCCCCUAGAGGACAUAACCAGCCCAGUCUCAGAUCAGCAAAAGGAUAUCGUCUUUCGGCUUUUAUCACCAAGUCCAAAUAUUUGUAAUGAAAUUACACCGUGUUUUCCAAUCCUCCAUCUUCACAUUUUGCCGUGUCUGCUCUAAAACGCCCUGUUUAACCCAGUGAAGUGCCUGUAAACACACAUUUUGUGUUAAAGCAGGAAAAAUACUAAAAUGUGUUGCAGAAGCGGAAUAACGCAGAUCAGAAUCGGCAAAUGACCAAAUGACUAGUCUGAGGAACAGGUUUAAUUACACAAGAAAGCCAUCACUGAUUUGCUAUAGUUAGUUAGUUAACUAGUUCUUUGGAAUAUAGAUUUUCUGAUAAAGGAAAGAUAUUUUUGUACCGUGUAAUGUAAUUUCACCAAAAAAAGACACUGUAGUAAUUUUGGUUGGUACUUUUUAUUAUUUUUCGUGUUUCCUGUAGAUGAGUUGAACAUGCGUUGUUUUUCAUUGAUUUCAAUUUUAUACUAAAACUCAGGAAUUUUUUUUCAUGCUUUAUGAGGUCCAAAGUUAAGCUUUUGUACUGUCAGGAAAUAUUUUUUAUUUUUACUUCUUUUUUUUUCAUUUUGCCACUAGAGGGCAGCAGUAGGCCAGUAUAACGCUGUCAUUCACUUAUUUCAUAUUGGUGCUUCUUAUAUAAAGUAUAUUCUCAGAAAAAGAAAAAAAAGGGUCUUAAUCUAGACAUUUCUACGGAAGCCGAGAGAGGCCCUUCAUAUAAUCCUUUUUUUUAAUUCACCUGUUAUCUCGAGAUAACACAUAAUUAAUUCAGGAUCUCAAGAAAACAACACAACUAAUUCAAGAGCUCGAGAAAACAAAACCGUUAUUCUGUGAUCUCGAGAAAACAAAACAAUUAUUCCGUGAUCUCGAGUAAACAGCUGAGAAAUGGUUCAUUCAGGUGCGCCAAGAGACUUGUGAUACGCUGACUUUGGGGCUAUUUCUCAUUCUGUAUAGACGCAACUUUGGUCAUUAGAAUGUCUGGAAUAAUCGAUCACCUAAUAAGGCAAUAUUUUGAUCAGGGGUUGACACAGGGAGAGAUUGCAUUAAGUCUUUUAAUAAGGGAUAAUUUCAAAAUGAGUCCGCGGCACCUCCGCAGAAGACUGGCCCGGCUUCGUCUCUACCGACGGAGAUACAGUGAUCCAGCUGAGAUCAUGAAAUAAUGGUUUUGUUUUCUCGAGAUCUCGAAUUAGUUGUGUUGUUUUCUCGAGAUCCUGAAUUAAUUAUGUCGUUCUCUCGGGAUAACAAGGUGAAUAAAAAAAGAUUAUAUGAAGGGCCUCUCGCGGCUUCCGUACAUUUCCUUGUCACUGGGCUGGUAAUCUUAUCUUCCGGACCUUUAAUACACACUUUCAACAUGGAAAGCUGGCUGUAGUGGCUUAAAAAAAAAAAAACAUUUAAGGCAUACUGUAUGUAUUUGUACAGUAUUUGCUGUACCCUGUACUUUAACCUUUAACUGUGCGCUAUAUGCAGCUUUGUAGGUAAAAGGUUGGUACUAAAGGUAGGAAAGGUUAUGGGUACUGCUCCAGUGAUGAGGAAUGGUACUUACAGUACAAGUACCCUAGUUUUUGUGUGUGUGUGUGUGUGUGUGUGUGUGUGUGUGUGAAAUCUGUGAAAAACUGAAAAACCGUAGUGAGACAUGUACACAAUAUGAAAUCUCACACUCGUGCCUGUGAAACCCAGAGCUGCGUAAUCCAGAACAAUCCAGACUCGCUCUCAGUACUGUUCUUGCUACCUCUCAGAUUUAACCUUGAAAGAUAACGUGAAUGAAUGUUUUACCACUUAAACACAAAGGAUGUACAGCGUUUUGGCAGCUAAGAGUUCAUCGAUGGGAUCCUUUUGUUUUUAGUGUUUCAGAACGUUUUCUGUUAUUUUUAUCCUCACUGUAGGUCAGUCUAUUAUGGAUUAAAAGAGAAAUCAGACACAUCUGUCUUUUUGUUUGUUUGUUUGUUUGUUUGUUUUAAACAACUUGUAGAAGAAAGAAAAAAAUGACACAAAUUUACUGCUAAUUACAAAUGCAGUCAAUCAGCUGUGACUCAUUUUCAGGCCUAAAUCUGCACACGAGCUUUAAGUGGCAUCGUCUGGGACGAUUAUUAGCUAACUGUGGAUAAUGAAAUAAGUUUUUUUUAAAAAAUUAUAAAUUGAUGCAUGAUGUGGGAUAUCUACAAUAAAACCUUUAUCAAUUUGAUGGAAUUUUUUUUUUUUUACUUGUGAAGUGACCUGCACUUCAGUACAUGCUGUAUGUGUUGAUCAUAUUACUUUUAUAAUGUUAUUUUAUUUCAUAAUAUAAUCCUUAUUUUAUCGUAUAAUUUGAGGCGAAUGUGUGGAGAAUUUGGCAUGCGGUUGUGGUGAACUGGUUGUGAACAUUUAUCCUCAAAACUUAAGUCCAAAAUGAGAUGUUUUGGCUGAUCUACAUGUCAUUAUCGUACUGUAGUUUGAAUUUUUCUCUGAAGUAAUCCUUUUAAAAGGAAACUCCUCCAGCUGGAAUUUAAUUACGUGUCGCUUUAUGGCAGGAACAACAAAGACAAUUCUGCGUUUUAUUUUUCUGACGCUGAAUUCUUGCCCCACCUGUCUGAAAAGCAGAACCUGUACUAGUGUGUGUGUGUGUGUGUGUGUGUGUGUAGGUCAUGGCUCAUUUUUAAACACCACAAUGAUUCAGCCUCGUCUCUUACCCCGUGCUUAACGUUGUUUUUGAAAGGGGACAGGCUGAAAAAUUCUGACUCAUUUCAAGAGAUGUGAAAUCGUGCAGGAAAGUUUUAACUUGAUCCACAAUAUAAAGAUGAACACGGAUAUGAUCUUAAGCUUAACUUAAAAAUUCAACCCAAGACUGGAUUUUAUCUCUAAUUAAUAGGUUAUUAAUUAAAAUUGCCAUAAUUUGUUAUGAAACUGAUUUUCAAUGAACAUUAUUGAUUCUCUGAUUCUAAAAUCCAAUCCUAAGACUCGCCUUUGUGUGAAUGUUGAGCUGGGUUGUUGGGUUUUUUUUUUUCCUUUUCCCCCAGGGUUUCUUGUUUACUUGUCCCACAUAUGGGACUAAUGUCCUGUCCUAACAAACUUGAAAAUUGUCUGCUUUUGAGCAUGUUUUGGUGUGUGUAUGUGAGGUAUUAGGUAGUGAGUUUCAUUUAGCAGUGAAAUUGUUUAGUUGAAUUUUAUAGAGUUCUUUGUAAUGUGCAUUAUAUUUGCUAUCAGCUGAAGAGUUGAUUUUGUAUUUAUAUUGUAUUUGACAGAAAUAAUUGUCUUAGUGUAAUGUGUAAAUAAGCAUCUGUAAAAGGCAGG